AGGGUUGGUACACAGUGUUCUGACAUUCCAGCAGAGUCUGCCUUCAGAUCCCUUCACAGUUGCUCUGUGAAAGAGGAGGUACACCUCUUUCAGGUACACCUCUGAAGUCUGUGUGUUUUGGGCAGUCAUUCCUAACACUGAAGUUGAGUGCUUGAAAAUAAAAUUCAGCUAAAUCACACUGCGGUGUUGUGAAGUCUGUCUUUUUUCUCUCAGUCCAGGAAAAGUCGGAUCUAAGGUGAGGAAUUUGAAACUGGAGCAUGAGCAGGAGAAAAAUAAGAUCUUGUCGGAAGCACUAGAGACACUCGCUACUGAGCACCAUGAACUAGAGCAGUCUCUGGUUAAGGGAUCUCCACCUCUCAGCAUCCUCAGUGAAGAGCAGUUCUAUGAUGCUGUUUCAGAUUCGGAAUCUGAAAAAUCAUUAAGUGGGUUUGAAACAACAGCAGCCUACUCAUUAGAGGACAGCAUGGAUUCAAAAGAUACAAUAACUUCAAGCAUGUCUGAAGAAAAAGUGUGUGGCAGUGGGGAGUCGCUGUCAAACGGAAUCAAAAAACACAGAACAAGCUUACCAUCUCCAAUGUUUUCCAGAAAUGACUUCAGUAUCUGGAGUAUCUUAAGAAAAUGCAUUGGCAUGGAGUUGUCAAAGAUCACAAUGCCGGUUAUAUUCAACGAGCCUCUGAGCUUCCUGCAGCGACUGACAGAGUACAUGGAGCACACAUACCUCAUCCACAAAGCCAGCUCACUCUCCAGCACAACCGAGCGAAUGCAGUGUGUUGCUGCAUUUGCUGUGUCUGCUGUGGCCUCGCAGUGGGAGCGUACUGGGAAGCCGUUCAACCCAUUGCUUGGAGAGACCUAUGAACUGAUCAGAGAUGAUCUUGGAUUUAGACUUCUCUCAGAGCAAGUCAGCCAUCAUCCACCAAUCAGUGCUUUCUAUGCUGAAGGUUUAAAUAAUGAUUUUGUGUUUCAUGGAUCAAUUUAUCCUAAACUCAAAUUCUGGGGCAAGAGUGUGGAAGCAGAACCAAAAGGCACGAUGACUUUGGAGCUUCUUGAGCACAAUGAAGCCUACACAUGGACAAAUCCUACGUGCUGUGUGCAUAACAUUAUUGUGGGCAAACUUUGGAUCGAGCAGUAUGGAAACGUGGAAAUAACUAACCAUAAAACUGGUGAGAAAUGUGUACUGAGCUUCAAGCCCUGCGGUCUCUUUGGGAAGGAGCUGCACAAAGUUGAAGGCUACAUUCAGGACAAAAGCAAAAAGAAACUCUGUGCAUUGUAUGGGAAGUGGACUGAGUGUUUGUACAGUGUUGACCCAGCUACAUUUGAAGCUUACAAGAAAAACGACAAGAAAAAUACAGAAGAGAAGAAAAGCAGUAAACAGGUGGGCAAUACCGAGGAAUCAGAUGAGAUGCCAUUGCCAGACUCUGAGAGUGUGUAUGUUAUUCCUGGAAGUGUUUUGCUAUGGAAGAUAACUCCAAGACCUCCAAAUUCAGCACAGAUGUAUAAUUUUACAAGCUUUGCUAUGGCUUUGAAUGAGUUGGACAAAGAAAUGGAGAGUGUCAUUCCCAAAACUGACUGCCGGCUACGACCAGAUAUCAGAGCUAUGGAAAAUGGAGAAAUAGAUCUGGCUAGUGAAGAAAAGAAGAGGCUAGAAGAAAAACAGAGGACCGCCCGCAAAAAUCGUUCAAAGUCAGAGGAAGACUGGAAGACGAGAUGGUUCCACCAAGGCCCCAAUCCUCACACUGGUACACAGGACUGGCUUUACUCUGGCAACUACUGGGACAGAAACUACUUUAACUUGCCUGAUAUUUAUUAAAAUGCAGUAAGGAGCCUCUGACUGAUACAAAUAAGUCUUAAUCCAUUUUAAUGUUUUCCCUUGUUCUAACUUAUCUCCUGAAAAUACUGACAUGUUAUCAAACAGAAUAUUAAGCGUCUCUGCAGUAAAUCUGGUGGUACACGAUCUGCAGUUUUAAAGGUAGGGGAAUAACUUUUCUGGCUGAUGGUGGUCCCACAUGGACAAAGUCGCUGUGGUUUCAAGCUGCUCUGAGUACACCUAUAUUAGGUUGUGGUGUAUGAGGAAUAGAACACCUUCAGCUGUUCUAUGAAUACUUUAUUUUGUAGAUAACAUUGGCACAAGUAAAAAUGAUUUUAUUUAUUGUGACAUGGGAAUGUUUAAAAAGCACACAAAGUAAUUGCAAUAUUCUAUUCUUAAAUGAAGAAAAGGAUGUCACUUCUGUAAAGAUGUAAUUUUUCAUAAAGUGACUUUUCUUUUACGAAAGUAAUUCCCUUUAAGUAAUUCUCUGCUCAGGAGAUUCCAGAAGUGUUCCCAUCUCUGGAGAAGUAAUGCAGUUGUUUAGGCUGGUAACAUUACUCAGAGGUUAUUUAUUCAAUGUUUUGUGCAGUGUGUUUUGAAUUUUGCUCUCCUGUUUUGCUACCAACCUUAUGGUUUAAGGAAUUAAGAGCCAUUUAAAUAUCUACAGAUUUGAUUUGAACUGCACACUAGUAACAGGUUUUAAAAGAAUCUGUUUCAUGCACUAGAAGUUCCGGUGCCCAGCACCACUGCGAGAACUGAAUCAGUCCAAGAAUGACCUAGUGAAACAUGGCAGGGGGACAGGACUGUGUCUGUACUGUGCAAACUCCCUGAGAGGAAGUCUUGUGCAUUUCAAAGGUAGUACAGCACCUCAGUGAGGCCUCCUGUGCACAACUGCUUUACCCCUUUUCAGUGGGGUGCAUUCAAUCUUAGCCUGUUUAUACUGAACUGUGUACAGAGCUUCUAGAGGGCGAGCUGCUCUUUGUACAAUAUUUUAACUGCUGUCUGGAGGUUAGUGUUAAUUGAAUAAUUUAAUUGCUACUAAAUAAAGGCUUCAAAACUUCUUGCA